AUGGCAGCCACGUCUUCCAUCAACGCCGGGUGGCCCUCUGUAGCCCGCCUGAACCUGGAGCUUGACAAGCUCAAUAUAGCUUCACUCAGUAAUAUCUCGCGACUCAACAUCAAAUCAAUGUCAUCUGCUUUCAGCAACCAAAAUCUGCACGGGUACCUCGGCUCCUUUGGAAGACUUAGUUUCACUGUGUUCAUCUCCCUCGUGGUCUGGUAUAUCUCUACCGGUAUUUACGCUUGGUGGAGGUUACGAAAGUUUUCCGCAGUGCACUGGUUGGCCAACUUCUCCUACCUAUGGUUGGCUAAGACUACGUACAGCGGACGACAAUAUUGGGUUCAUCGCGAGCUACAAAACAAACACAAGUUGGUUCGCAUUGGUCCAAACGAGUUGAUGACCGACGAUCCAGCAAUUCUCCGCAAGAUCAGCGCGGCACGUAGCAACUACGAUCGUGAUUCUUGGUACACCAGCGGUCGUUUUAACCCAUACCAUGAUAACCUCUUCUCCGUGCUACGGUCGGACGUGCACACGCAGUUCAAGUCGCGCACCUCGCAUGCUUAUAGCAGUCGAGAAAUCCCGGACAUGGAAGUCGGUGUGAACCAACAAAUCAAUACCCUCAUUCGUGUGAUGAGAGACCGAUAUGCUCUCGGAAACCAGAACCUGGAGCUUGGAGAGGUUUCAUGCUUCUUCACCAUGGACGUCAUCACCCGUCUGGCAUUUGGUCAAGAGUUCGGCUAUCUAGCUAAGAACACUGACCACUACAGCUUCCCCCAAGGCGUUCGAGAACUUUGGCCGCGCAUGUCUACGUCGGCGGACAUUCCGUGGAUUCGUAAUGUCCUCUUCUCCAAGACUCUUCUGAGGUUCCUUGGUCCCAAGUCGACAGAUAAGGCUGGGUUUGGAGCGCUCAUGGGGGUUGCAGAACAACACGUGGGUAAACGAUUUGCCUCCGGUGCAGCGGAGAAAAAUGAUAUGCUAGGCUCUUUCAUUCAGCAUGGCCUGAGCCAGAAAGAAUGCGAAGUCGAAGGUCUAUUCAUGAUUGUUGCAGGUACCGAGAGUACUGCCUCGACUAUCCGCGCUAUCCUGGUUCACACCAUGACAAGCCCGCGAGUUUAUGCUCGGCUGAAGGGCGAGAUCCAGGCAGCUGUCAAGGAAGGUCGUGCAGCUAAUCCAAUUACAAUUGAACAAGCCAAAAAGCUGCCCUACUUGCAAGCUGUGGUUAACGAGGGUCUCCGCAUCCGUACACCCCUGCUUGGGCUGCUGCCGAAAGUGGUGCCGCCCGGGGGAGAUACAUUCCAUGGCCAACAUGUGCCAGCGGGCACCGCUAUUUGUGCCAACGUAUCCUCCCUUUUACGAUCCAAGGAAAUGUUCGGGCAGGAUGCAGAUAUCUUCCGGCCAGAGCGCUUCCUGGAACUUAAGAGUGACAAGGACCGCAUUGCCAUGGAGCGCAAUGUUGAGAUGGCGUUUGGCUCCGGUCAAUGGCAGUGCGUCGGUAAGACCAUUGCAACGAUGGAACUAUUCAAGUCCGUCUUCGAAAUAUUCCGUAACUUCGAUUUGCAACUGGUGAACCCCACUAAGCCCUGUGAUGUCCUCAGUUACGGCGUGUUUCUAGAGUCAAACCUUUUUGUGAAGGUUACUCCAAGCGCAGUAGGCUAA